CACAGAAAGUGUCAUUCAUUGUUGAACAUUUCACAGCCUGGUAUAUUGAUCACCUCAGAUGUUAUGAACUGUGCAAGAAUGAGCCCUUAAACGUCUCCAUUGUAGACCCUCAGGACCUGAAUGAUUACACUCCAUUGUCAUUAUAUACCAUCAGAGGACGGAAUUACGUUUCUCCAAAGGCUUUUCUACUUCAGUGAGGAACUAUGCGGUUUCGUGUGAUCAUUGCACCAGAUGACAUUAGAAGACUCCACAUUGAAAGCCUUCCAGACACGCUUGAUGCAUUCAUCGACAUACUGAAGAGAGAACUUCGUUUUGAUGGAACGCUGAUUGUGCAGUUUGAAGACCCAAGCUUUGGCAAUGAAUUUUGCAAUUUGACAUCCAUGUCUGAUUUGACAGAAGAGCUGACUACCUUGAAGGUUUUCCAGAAGCAAGUCCCAGAGUCCUCAAAUGAUCUGGACACCUCGAAUGAUGAUCUGCUGUCUGAUUCCACACUCGACACAGCUAGCUUGCCAUCAACCUCCUCUGGAGAAUCAACUCCCAAACGCAGUGGAUAUCUACCAGACCCUUUCAUCAUUCCAAAGUUCCCAACAGACACAGAGUUGAGACUCCAGCGUGGCAAUGAGGCAUAUUUCAGAGAUGGCUCUCUUUUGGAAGUGUCUAGAUCUAUGUCUAGUGACAUACUUGAUACAUUGGCAGAGGCGCUGUUUGAAAUUAAGACCCACCCUUCCGUUGAAGAGUGUGUCGUUGUUGCAAAAGCUUUGGUGGGAAAAUUUCCUUGCUUAAAAGAACCUGGCUCACCAUGUGGGUGGUUUGCCUGGAAAUACAGCAUAUUUUACAAAAUGGGGAAUUUCAGGCAGCAGUUGCGCAUUGCUGGUUCAGUGGAGCUUUCUGUGCACAAAAGGUCAGCGUCGGGGGAUUCCAGGAGACCAAAGAAAGCCAUGAGGUCCGAGGUGAAUUUUCUGCCAGGUCACCCUCAGAAUAGAACCAUGGGACUGCUUGAACAAGACAGAAACGAUUUACAGAGUGAAAUGAAGAAAAAGAACGUCGACUGGAAGAAAGUCGACGCCCUGAUGGACAACACCUUUUCACUGAGGAGGGUGGAAGUCAUCAAGGAGGAGCCUUUGGUCAAAGAUGUCAAAACCAGAUGGCCAGCGUUUUUCACAGAGCGCCAGAUUGAAGCAGAAUUCAGACGGAUUGUCUCAAAGAACCUGCAGCAAUCAUUUUUUGGCGGCCUGGAUGAGAUGGUCCCGAAAUUCCUGCGUCUUUACAGACAGAGGCAGUCUGUGAAGGAACUUCCGGCUUUCCUCAACUCUCUGGAUGAGGACAACUCGAAUCAACAGAAGAGAGCAGUUGUUCUCCUUGCCCUGCCCCAUUUUCUGAAGGAGGACCCUUCCCAGUUCUUCAAAAUCUGUAAACCAAAUGAGGAGAGUGAAGCUGUCAAGGGAAUGCACGUGGGAAUCCUCAUCCUUACAGAGAAUGCACAGCGCCCUGUCCCCAAGGAGGUGAUCAAUGUUGCACUUGCACUGGAGGAGGAUGUCAUUCUCCGAAACCUGAAAGAUGUGCCUCACGCGUUUUCGUUGCUGAUGGGUUUGCUUUAUGGUCUCAACAUCCACUACCCAAAAGGACUCAGAUACAUGUUCGAGAUCAUACAAAAGGUGGUAAUGAAGAUUGGCGCAGAGUCUUGCUCCUCAAGAGUUAAUGGUGUCCGGAACAGGCUCAUGUCCACACACUUGUGAUUGCACACGCAUCUUUGAGUGGAGUUGUAUGUUCUCAGUUGUAUGCCGUUUUCUCUCCUUUAAGUGGUUUAGUUGCUUAUACUUUUAAGUUUGAAAGGUGAGGGUAGCAACUCUGUUCAAAUGACUGGAAUUUUCUAUGUUGGUUUUUCUGGCCCUUGUAGAUGUGUAUUUUGUACAUAAACUGGAUGUGUAUGGUAGUUUGGGUAAGUGAACCAAAAGAUAUACUGACAUCACUCACACUGGUUGGCAGACGUUGACAGACGUGAACACAGCAGCAGUAAUAGUGAGGCUUACGUUUUUGUUUUCUUUUAAUGUCUCAGAUAGAUGUGACUACCAACUUAUGCUUAAUUGCGACUGACUUAAACAUGUUGGCUUACACACACACACACACACACACACACACACACACACACACACACUACACUAGACUAGAGACACUCAGACACACUCACAGAUGGACUGACGGCCAGACACUCAGAUAGAUGUAGAGAGACAGGCGAACUCUGAUCAGUCAUGCACAAACAGUAACAGUGACUUGUGUUAAAUGUUUUGUCAUACCCCAAGUGAUGAUGCACUGGUCAACUUUUUGAGCAAUGUUGCCUGGCAACAUGAUUGUCCACUGCUGAUUCAAGUUCUCCUUAUCAAGGUCCUGUAUUGAUAAACCGCCCAAAUAACAUUUUGCAGUAUUGUUUCUCAAAAGCAUUGCUCAAAAAGUCAUCACCUUUACCCACUAAUGCCAAAGAUACUUUUGUGUUUGAGAGAUGAGGGUCGCAACUGGUUCAAAUGGCUUUGGAGGUUGCCAUGUUGUUUUGAUCACCUUUUGUAGAUAUACUGUACAUGCACUUAAUCUUUUGAUUGGUCGGCAAACGCUGAUGCAGACGUGGCUUAAGAAAUUACUGUUUUAUUGCCUCUUGUAGACAUGUAUAGUACUGUACAUGCGCUAUAUUUAAGAAUUGCUAGUGUAUCUUCAGCACCUUUAUGGUAUAUUGUUUUCAGAAAAUAUGUUUUAUUUUUGCCACUGUUUGUCCUACACAACCAAGUGUCUUGUACAGUGAAAGUUUACAGUAAAAGUGUGAAAUAAAUGUUGGUUGUUAUUCAUCUCAUAUGAGUGAGUCUUAUGUAAUUUUACACUGUACACCUAAAAAGAAGUUGGAAGAACUUCAAUUUUGAAGGCAACCAAGGUAACUUACUUGAUAUGCUCAUAGAGCUAACAGAUUGAAGUCUGGAUAAAUGCAAAACUUGAGUCAAGCUGACUGUAUAAACAUGUUGGACUGAUGUAGACUACAGUGGAGUCCACAUAACCACUUGUUAAGACAAUGCCUAAUUAGAAGUUGGACUGAUGUAGAUUACAGUGGAGUCCACAUAACCAUUUGUUAAUACAACACACGAUUAGAAGUUGGACUGAUCGAGAUUACAGUCGGGUCCACAAGAGAAUUU